AUGGCCUUCAACUUCAACUGGUCGCCGCUGAUGGCGGACGCGGGUUUCUAUACCCGUGCCCAGGAUCUCUUAACGGCUGCUCUCAAUAAAUCGCCCAAACCUCCUAUCAUCGUCGACGAUAUCAUCGUGACCGAGUUGAACCUGGGCUCUGUUCCGCCCGAUUUGGAAAUCUUGGAGAUCGGCGACUUGGCCGAGGAUCGCUUUCGAGGCAUCUUCAAAAUGUCCUACUCGGGUGAUACCUUUUUGACACUCAAAACGCGGGUCCAGGCAAAUCCCCUCAAUACCUAUCUUCUCACGCGACCGUCUUUUGCGUCUCCCUUGCCUUUGGCUGCAGCUACUCCUCUCACAAUCCCUCUCCAAAUCACCCUAUCCGAUUUCAAACUCUCCGGCUUCGUGAUACUAGUCUUCUCGAAACAAAAAGGAAUUACAGUCGUUUUUCGUAAUGACCCUCUCGAAUCGCUCAAGGUCUCUUCGACGUUCGACUCCAUUCCGUUCGUGCGCGACUUCUUGCAAAAGGAAAUCGAAGCUCAACUCCGCAUUCUGUUCAUGGACGAAUUGCCCGCCAUUAUCCACCGACUUUCGCUAAGAUUAUGGGUCCCCGAGUACCGGGCUGGAGAGGAAAUGGAGAACCAGGCGGAUAACACUGAAGGCCCCGGCCAAGAUCCGUUGGCCAGUCCUCCCCAGGACCCGGUUGAUUCUUUGGGCAACGCACUGAACGAGGCACAAAUCGCAUCCUUAUCGCUGGAUUCCUCCGUCGAAACCCAUUCGCUGUUCUCUCAGAAGAACCUCCUCCGUUUGGGCGCUCUCACAGAUUCCCAGCGAACGUUGUCGCUCUUCACCCCGUCUAUUCAAGAAGUGGUGUAUCGCGCGUGGACAUCUCCUUCCGACCCAAUCGAUAACCCCGGCGGCGUGUUAUCCCCACUUAGCCCGGCUCUCUCCAGGACCCAGUCGCAGGUCGGUAGCUUGUCUUCUUUCCAGGACAAUGCCAGCACGAUUUCAACACACAGCCGGUCUUCAAUGCAGUCCCACACUUUCAGCGGGUACGGCUUGAGCUUGGGCAAUGGUCGUCAUUCGAAAGCCCACUCCAGGAAGAGAAAGAAGCGCGUGGUCGACCUGCGUCGCCCCAAGACCACCGACGACGCAAUGAGCGUGAGCGACGACAGUGGAUUCACCGAGCCCACCAGCGCUCCUUCUAUCUGUUCGGCUCCUUUACCGACUCUCAGCGAGCAAGCAGACGAUCCGGUGACACCACCUUUGUCCCCCGACAGUGGCCUUCAGCUUCCUGCGAUUCCCGAACGGCACCGCACAAGCCUGUCUCGUCCUAUGCCCCGACGUGACAUUUCGAUGGAAUUGAACCGCGACACAGAAGCCCCAUCGUCUUCAGACCCCCACCGACGUUGGAACAAGGCGGAUGAUGUCGAUGCCACUCCUCGCAGUACCGUCCGCGUUCACGGUACCCCUCUAUAUAACCGAGAAAAAGCAGAGGCUGGCCCAUCGCGCCAGCUGCCUGCCGCUGCCCUGCCGUUCACCAACGAACAGUCAACCGGUGGUGUCGUUGACCAGAUCUUGGUCGAGAAGCUCGCAGGCGAAAUCGCACGCCGUAUGCGAGAAGAAAAACUGAUAUCCUCUUGCAGUGGAUUUUGGGAACGCCCCAGCCACAGCCAGGAAGAAUCUCCUCCCCCAGCUUAUGGGCAAUAA